AUGGAGCUCAAAAUGAGCUUCCAGACAAAAGAUCAUAUUUGUUUUGUGAUGGAUCUGAUGGCGGGUGAUCUUCAUCAUUUGUUGACUCAUGGCCGUAAAUAUUGCCGCAAAAACACCAGUAGAUGGAGCGCCCAAAUGGCACUCGGCAUAAAUGCUCUUCAUGAGAUGGGCAUUAUCCAUCGCGACAUAAAAGCCGAAAAUAUCCUGGUCGACAUUCGAGAAAAUGUCAAGAUAGCAGAUUUCGGUCUGAGCUACAUUUCUGAAGUUCCCUUGGAUCCAAAGGGGGAGUACAUAUCAGAUGUCCAGGGCACAAUCUAUUGUAUGGUGCCUGAGAUGUUGUGUAAUUUGGACGUCAAUAGUAUGAAGUACGGGCCACCCGUGGACUGGUGGUCGUUUGGAUGCGUGUUGUAUGAGUUGAUGUCGAAGGACAAUAUGGCACGUUCAAGUUUCGCAUCUUUCUUCGCUGCUAUUUCACUUAUACCAUCUUGCCAGCCUCUCUUUGAUACGGUGGACGACAUACUUGAUUUUCUUCUUUGGGACUCCGGGUAUGAGUCGUUACCUGAGUUUGAUGAGCUGGAUAUCUCUGUUGCUGACUUGGUUGUGGGACUCCUCGAACCCUUGCCCUCAUAUCGGUAUGGGUUCGAACAGGUUAAGAGUCAUAAGUAUUUCAAGAAAGAAGAUGAGACAUCAGAAUUUGACGAC